CGAGGAUCUUUACUGCCAUGGCGGGCUGGGGAUCUGAAGUGUUUACUGCUAGUAAUAAUUGGUCAUGGGUACCCGUAAUUGGAAGCCUGUUAGGUGGAGUUCUUGGUGCAGUUGUGUAUCUGAUACUAAUAGAGGUUCAUCAUGAAAAGAAUACAGAGAGUGAGGACGUUGAGCUGGAGAGAGUAGUCGUUAACAACGUGGUGGACACUGCAGCAUCAAACCCCGCAUACGAAAGAGGAAGCCACAUCGAAUUAAGAGAUCCCAGUGCUUUAGAUCCUAAGAGCGACAGGAAGACUAAAAGUGUUUAUCAACGCAUUGUUCCCAACGAUACUUCUACCCAGAACCAGAACAGCGUCACUACGCCAACAACUAGUAAAAAAGCGUUUGAUAACGAUAAUGCCGUAGUAGAUGAUGCUAAUAUUCCUAACAAUGAUUCAACACAGUUAUAAAAAUAACUGAAAUUUUUGAAUCUGCUAUUGGAGGUAGCAUCAAAAUGGCUCGUCAUCAAUCAGCAGAACAAGGAGAGGUCUCUCCCUUGAUUUAGGGAUUUGUUUGCGGGUUUCCCGGUUAUCCUCACUCCACAUUCCUGACACGCUAGAUUCUAAUUCUAAUAAUUCUUUUUCAAGGAAAUAUGGUAUGCACUCUAAUCUUCGUUUGCAAUAGACGUCAUAGCCGCCAUGUUGGAAGAAUUUGACAAAAGAUUUUUCAAUGAAUUCUUUUGUUAUAUCUUCCAACAUGGCGGACAUUCCUUUUGUUAUUGUGCUCUCUUGGGAUUGAUUGCAAACCAAGAAUGGAGAACAUAGCUACUUGGUGUGAUUAUGGUUAUUUUUGAUAUUCUCCCGUAUUGUUCUAUAUCAAGAUGCUCUCUUGCCUGUAUAUAACAUUUUCGCGUGCGCAACUAUUUGGAAUAUCUAUCCGCGCACGUCGAACGGUUUUACUAUAAUUUGAUAUAACUUUAAGUAAUAUAUAUAAUUUAUAUAUAAUUUGAUACAAAGAUAGAGUACAUUCACUAAAAGUGUAGUAAAUAGUGCUAAUUAAACAAUAGAAAACAAUAGGAUUAGCAUAAUUUAGCAGUAAUUAGUGGUAUUUAUGUUGCGCACUUAUAGUUUUUGUACUCUAUAAGAGCCACUCUGUGCAUGGAAUUCACUGUUAAAUUCCAAUAUUAUUAUUAUUAUUAUUUUUUUAGUGUGAUUACAUUACUUUUGAUAUAUAGGCUUUAUAUGUAAAUAUCUUAUAGAUGCGCGCACCUUUUGAGUUAAAAGAUUUCGUAUGAUGUGACGUGCCGUGUCGCGAUCGAAACGGCACCGUACCCAAGCAUUAGUUCACUGGAUUAGUUAACUCACAUGAUUGGCUAGACCAGAGGCGAACACUUUGUAGGGUGAUUUUUGCUGUUAUACGAAAUCAGUUGGAUCUUUAAUGAUUUACCUCCAUACCCUGAUGCAAAAUAUUACUAUUUGUAAAGAUAUAUAGUGAUUGUGGGUAUUGCUUAGAUUAUCUACGUUUGCGCAACGAUUUCUUACAACUCGAUAUAUAAUUAUUUAGCUGUUUUAGUAAUUAUAUACUUUUUAUGCUUUUUCUGCGUUUACUUUAAACACAAUCUGUAAUUAUUUUCAAAAUUAUGCACGUAGAAUAUCUACGUUUGCGUAACGAUAUCUACGUUUACGUAACAAUUUAUUUCAAGUCGAUAUAUAAUCAUAUAACUGUUUCCGUGUGGUUAUGUACUUUUUAUAACGCGUUUACUUUAGUAAUUUGUGAACUUUAUAUUUAUGUGCGCGUAGAAUAUCUAUGCUUGCGCAACAAUUUCUUACACCUUGAUAUAGAAUUACACAGCUGUUUGCGUGUGAUUAUGUACUUUUGGUGCAUUUUAAUGUUUACUUUAGUGAUCUUUCAAUAGAA